CAAACAAACGCUGCUUCCACCUCUCACAAAACACCAGAGGCGAAGGUUGACAAGCAAACACCACGAAAGUAAACGCUACCUACCGGUGGUACGAGAGAAGAGACAAUGGUGAAGUUGUGGCCCCGAAGCAACAAGUCCAAGCGCGUUCCUGGACGCAUUCGAGUCGAUCACGCAGCAUACAACAACAACAACCAUGAAGUGGCGUCGCAUGGAGAAAGUUUGUUGUCGUCCGAGGCGACGGCGCAGUUGGAAGAGAUGCGUGGUGCCAUGACCAAGAUGGAGCGUCAAAUGUCGGCGCAAAAUAAGCAGGUGCAGAGCAUGAUGCAGCAACAAUCCCAACAAAUGAACGUGAUCAUGGCGACAUUGGAUACGUCUCACAACGAUGGCGGAGUGCAUGAGGAGGAUUUCCCUGUCGACGUGGGAUCCUACGAGAUUGAAUACGACAAGACCAUGUGGAGUGUCACCGGAGUUUCCUCUCGUGUGCCCAAACCCGACUAUGACUACUUUCCUGGUCUCAAAUGGGACGAGGCGGCACCCGAGAAUGGCAUGGCUCGAACCAACGAGGACAAGGUCGUUUCCUGUAUCAUCCCCUGCUACAACGAGGAAGGAAAGGAGUUGGAGCGCACGAUUCGAGGUCUCUCACGACAGAUCAUGCCCGAAGGAUGGAGAGUUGAAGCCGUGAUUGUGAUGGACGGAAUGUAUGCCAUGUCGGAAUCCAUGGCGGCCUACUUGUGCACGCUAUUCGGAGUUGACUUUGGUUCCGAGGACCCCACUGUGAAUCCCUUUGGAGUCUUCCCGGAUGCAAACACCAUCAUUGUCCAUCCGUUUGAUCAAGCGGCAGCCCAAACACGACGACCCGUAAUGGAAGGAACCGUUGCUGGUGGCUUUUCCCUCGUCGUCAAGCGAGAGAAUCGUCGCAAGGCCAAUUCUCAACAGUGGUGGUUGGGUCCUCACGCUUCUACCAUUCGAUGCAAGUACGCACUCGCGACGGACUGCGGGACUUACUUUGAACGCACAACGGCGGCUCGUCUCAUUGAGCGCCUUGACGAUGACCGUGCUCUUCAUGCUGUUACUGGAACCCAACGUACGAUGCCCGCUAGCAUUCAAGGAGACGGCGACUAUGAACUUUGUUACCGCCCCUUUCACUUUCUUCUUCGGCAGCUUCAGCGCUUUGAAUUCGAGGUGGAUAAUGUUUCGUUCAUGAGUGUAUACAAUUCACUCGGCGCCAUGCACGUCAUCCCAGGACCGUGUGGACUCUACCGAUACAACAAGCUUGGCAGCCUCACAGAAGGGUUGAUGUGUCAGUACUUUCAGCUUUUUUCAAGGUCCAACAAAGGCCUCAUCUUGGGCAACGUCGAGUUGGUAGAAGACCGAAUCCCUGGGACUCUAUUGGCAUUUCCUCCCAAAAAGAGCAGCAAGGAUCUCGACGUGAUGCCAUUGGAAGGAUUCGGGCGGACCGGACUUGUAGAUGAAGUCUUCUACAUGGAAGCUGAGAAGCCAUUGAGUCAAUUGGUCAAACAACGACGCCGUUGGCUGAAUGGUACCUUUGCCACAUACUUGUGGAUUUUACAAGAAGGAAUCAUCACAAACAGCAACCAGGAUCCCAUAGCAAAGGCCCUCAGUUGGUUCUUGGUGGUGUUGGGAGUCAUUCAAGGGAUGGUUGUGCGUCUCUUUGGCCCCGCACUGUUGAUCGUGUGGAUGUUUAGGUUUGGCCUGUUUGCUCCCGACUUGCUGCAUGAUCCAGAGAAGAUCUUUGACCCAACCAUCAGUCUCGCCGAGGUUGAAGUGCAACCAGGCCGCCUCCGAGAUGGCAUCGCCUUUGGCCUUGCCUAUUGGCUGCUCUAUGUCCUCUUCAUUCUUGGCCACACACCCAGGGCCAAGCCGAUCAACGAUGAAAUUGGCAUUGUGCGUUACACUGAGCCGACUCGCUGGAAGAACGAUUCUGGUUCUGCCUACCGACCCAUUUUGUUCCACCUUGUCCUUUGGGUCAACCUUAUUGUGACUCUUCUCUACGUUGUCAAUGCGAUAGGAAUGAUGGUGAUUUUGGGCUGGGAAACUCCCCUUGCAGUGCAGAUGCUGAUUGCUUUCUGCUUCUUACCCUUUGCGGCUGGAUUGCUGGAUGGUAUUGCAAAGUGCAAUUUCUCCGGAUUGUGGGCUAUGAUCCUCUCUGCACCCUUUGCGCUCCCUCUCAUGAUUACCCACACCAUUUGGCUACCUGCAUACGCCACUACACGCCUUUCCGACCUGUCUUGGGGGAACCGCUCACGCAAGUCCCUUGACGAGACCGAAAACGCCCUGAAGCGGGAAGCUGCUGGGCGGAAGGUAUCCCAAAUCCUUGUCGGCUUCAAUUCGGCAGUUGCCCUUUUGAUGAUUAUCCUCAUGCAGUUCUAUGGCAAUGCGUUCCCCGUCUAUGUGGUUUCCUACACAAUUGUGCUCUCGCUGACCUAUGCCGUGUCGUUCAUUGAGAUCUUUUGCCGGGCCCUGGGUUGCCUUGGAGGUGGUAGCUCCAGGGUUGUCGAACCGGAGCCCGACGAAGAGGCCUACCAAAAGCUUGAGGAUAAAGCCCCUUCGUCUCCAUCUUCCGGUGGUGUGAGCAGUUUUUGGUGUUGUCUGCGCAGUUCUGGUAGUGACGACACAGCCAACACUGCGCAAAGCAUCGAAUCGGUGGAACUCGGCAACCUUGGCAUUACUGGCAAAGAAAAUCCUGAGACAAACGAGAAUACUGCGGAAAAGAAGAAUCCUCCUGAAGAUGAGAUGAAUGAACACACUGCGGUCGAGGCACUCAUUUGAGAAUCUUUCUUUGUCUCCUUGCUUGAUGGUUUGGUUCGAGCUCAAUUUCAUCCGAGUCCACUCGGUUCAAGCACGCCCGAAAGAUGAACAAUCAACUUACUACGACGAUACGAAACCAAAUAAGUCUAGUAGUUACUCUUUUAGUAAGAGCAUUCCUAUAACAGCAUUGUGCCAAGUUCCUUGUAACUGCCCCUCUUGCGUG